AUGGAAGCUCAGGUCUGUCUCCCUUCGCACCAGUCGUUGGAGCUCCUGCUGAAUAGCAAGUUCUGCGAUGCAGAGGCCCACGUGCAGACGUCCCCUCACUUAGCUGUUUUUCAGGCGUAUCAGCCGGCUCCACUGCACGGCCCCUCUGCACGGCUCCACUGCACGGCUCCACUGCACGGCUCCACUGCACGGCCCCUCUGCACGGCUCCACUGCACGGCCCCUCUGCACGGCUCCACUGCACGGCUCCACUGCACGGCCCCUCUGCACGGCUCCACUGCACGGCCCCUCUGCACGGCUCCACUGCACGGCUCCACUGCACGGCUCCACUGCACGGCUCCACUGCACGGCCCCACUGCACGGCUCCACUGCACGGCCCCACUGCACGGCCCCUCUGCACGGCCCCACUGCACGGCUCCACUGCACGGCUCCUCUGCACGGCCCCUCUGCACGGCUCCACUGCACGGCUCCACUGCACGGCCCCACUGCACGGCUCCACUGCACGGCUCCACUGCACGGCUCCACUGCACGGCUCCACUGCACGGCUCCACUGCACGGCUCCACUGCACGGCUCCACUGCACGGCCCCACUGCACGGCCCCUCUGCACGGCCCCACUGCACGGCCCCUCUGCACGGCCCCUCUGCACGGCUCCACUGCACGGCCCCACUGCACGGCUCCACUGCACGGCUCCACUGCACGGCUCCACUGCACGGCCCCUCUGCACGGCUCCACUGCACGGCCCCACUGCACGGCCCCACUGCACGGCCCCUCUGCACGGCCCCUCUGCACGGCCCCACUGCACGGCUCCACUGCACGGCUCCACUGCACGGCUCCACUGCACGGCUCCACUGCACGGCCCCACUGCACGGCUCCACUGCACGGCUCCACUGCACGGCUCCACUGCACGGCUCCACUGCACGGCCCCACUGCACGGCUCCUCUGCACGCUCCACUGCACGGCCCCUCUGCACGGCUCCACUGCACGGCUCCACUGCACGGCCCCUCUGCACGGCCCCUCUGCACGGCUCCACUGCACGGCCCCACUGCACGGCCCCUCUGCACGGCCCCUCUGCACGGCUCCACUGCACGGCCCCACUGCACGGCCCCUCUGCACGGCCCCACUGCACGGCUCCACUGCACGGCUCCUCUGCACGGCCCCUCUGCACGGCUCCACUGCACGGCUCCACUGCACGGCCCCACUGCACGGCUCCACUGCACGGCUCCACUGCACGGCUCCACUGCACGGCUCCACUGCACGGCUCCACUGCACGGCUCCACUGCACGGCUCCACUGCACGGCCCCACUGCACGGCCCCUCUGCACGGCCCCACUGCACGGCCCCUCUGCACGGCCCCUCUGCACGGCUCCACUGCACGGCCCCACUGCACGGCCCCACUGCACGGCCCCUCUGCACGGCCCCUCUGCACGGCCCCACUGCACGGCUCCACUGCACGGCUCCACUGCACGGCUCCACUGCACGGCUCCACUGCACGGCCCCACUGCACGGCUCCACUGCACGGCUCCACUGCACGGCUCCACUGCACGGCUCCACUGCACGGCUCCACUGCACGGCUCCACUGCACGGCCCCUCUGCACGGCUCCACUGCACGGCCCACUGCACGGCUCCACUGCACGGCUCCACUGCACGGCUCCUCUGCACGGCCCUCUGCACGGCCCCUGCACGGCUCCACUGCACGGCCCCCUCCUCCACUGCACGGCUCCACUGCACGGCCCCUCUGCACGGCUCCACUGCACGGCCCCUCUGCACGGCUCCACUGCACGGCUCCACUGCACGGCCCCUCUGCACGGCUCCACUGCACGGCCCCUCUGCACGGCUCCACUGCACGGCCCACUGCACGGCCCCACUGCACGGCUCCACUGCACGGCCCCUCGCACGCCCCACUGCACGGCCCACUGCACGGCCCCACUGCACGGCCCCCUGCACGGCCCCACUGCACGGCUCCACUGCACGGCCCCUCUGCACGGCCCCACUGCACGGCUCCACUGCACGGCCCCACUGCACGGCCCCUCUGCACGGCCCCUCUGCACGGCUCCACUGCACGGCUCCACUGCACGGCCCCUCUGCACGGCCCCACUGCACGGCCCACUGCACGGCCCCUCUGCCACGGCCCCUCUGCACGGCCCACUGCACGGCUCCACUGCACGGCUCCACUGCACGGCCCACUGCACGGCCCCACUGCACGGCCCCUCUGCACGGCCCCUCUGCACGGCUCCACUGCACGGCUCCACUGCACGGCCCCUCUGCACGGCCCCUCUGCACGGCUCCACUGCACGGCUCCACUGCACAGCACUCUGUCAACCUUUUGUUCCCCGCUGGUGCUGGGGGGUCUGGUGUCAGUCUAA